AUGCCACUCCAAAUCCUGUUUGUUCUCCUUGUUCUCGUCGCCAUUUCACCAAUCAAUGCCUAUGUCUCGGCAAUGCUGUUGGCUGCCAUGGAGAACGUGAAUAAAUUCAUUUUUGCGUUUACUUUCACCGGUGAAUGGCUUUGCGAGCAUGUGUCGAUUGAUAAGAAACAAUGGCCAAAAUGGUUACGGAAUUCUCUCGAUUUCAUGGCACUCUACCUUGAGAACACUUUUUCCCUCACAGAUAUUGCCAUGUAUUGUCAAUUGAUGAUAUCGUUGAACCGCUUCCUGGCCGUCUCUUUCGAUGGUCUCUAUUUUCACAUUAUCCGCAGAUCGCCAUUGAUCCAAUUGGCGGUGCCCUAUUUGAUGAGAUGCGGCAUCGCUUGUCUGGAUAUCUAUGUCCCAUUGGAGCUUCUGAGUCUUUGGACAAUAUUGAAAGGCUAUAUGAUAAUCGUUCCACUAUUCCUCAUGUGUGGCAUGGAUGUUGUGAUGAGUCGACAAUUAAAACAGUUGCGACAAAACGGCAAAGCAAGUCGGGCCGAGAGUCUGCUGAUGAUACAAAUGAUCUCAAAUUCCGGCGUGACCGCAUUGUACUUUGUGGCCCAAAAUUUUGUCAAGGGUACAGCCACGAUUUUCUACGGAUUGAAUGUACAAUUUCUUGUUUGGGACAUUCUUGAGCUGAUCAGACUUUCUUUUCUAACCUUUGUCACGAGG